AUGAAGACUUCAAGCUUUCUUGGGGGGGUUUUGGCAAUUGGCCUUUCCUCUUUAAACGCAAUUGUUGCUCAAGAUUUUGCUUCACAUGGUAUUUACACCGAACCUGUCACUGGCAUCACUUUCUUUGCAAGCGAAGAGACCAACGGCACCAUCACCGGAGAUGGCGAGUUCUCUACGGUUUCAUGGGGAGGAUUUACCUUUGGAGUUGCAUUGCCACCAGAUGCGUUGAGCAGAGACACGCAUGAGUACAUUGGUCUCAUUAUUGGUUCUACUCCAACUGGCCAAGGAGGCUGGAGUGGUAUUGUUCAUGGUGAUGAUUACUCGGCAGGAAUGCCAAAUCAUCUUAUGCUUCUUGCAUGGCCAACAGGAAAUGAGAAUCAAAUCGCAACCUCAUUCCGAUAUUCUCCGGCCUAUCAAUACCCAGUUCCUUACCGCGGAAGUGCAAAUCUGACACAGAUUUAUUCCAAUGUAAACGAAACUCAUUGGACUUUAGUUUACAGAUGUCAGAACUGUCUUCUCUUCGAUGAUCCUGCCCAAGACUCUUUCAAUGCUUCGACCAGCAAAGGAACCUUUCUCCAGGGCUGGGCUCAAGCAUAUGUCCCACCAACAGAUCCUAAGAACCCACUUUCAGAUUUUGAACAACAUAACAACGGCAUGGGAGAGUUUGUGAUUCAAGUUCAAUCUGCAACACAUGUUUCCUAUUCGGACUGGGCUACCAAGACAGCCACGGGUCCAAUCGCCACAGGAACCACAACCGCUACUGCAACAAUAUCGUCUAUUCCUGUUCCAACAGGUGAUGCUUAUGAUUAUAUCGUCGUCGGUGCUGGAGCCGGUGGUAUUCCUAUGGCUGAUAAGCUUUCUCAGUCUGGAGCAUCAGUCUUGCUUAUCGAGAAGGGAUUUGCAUCUAGUGGUCGAUGGGGUGGAACUUUGAGGCCCGAAAAUCAUUGGUUGGAUGGGACGAACUUGACUUGGUUUGAUAUUCCAGGAGAGUGCAAUCGAAUCUGGAACGGUGGAACUGCUGGUGUUGUGUGUACCGAUACUGAUCAGAUGGCCGGCUGCACACUCGGUGGUGGAACCGCAGUCAAUGCAGGUCUCUGGUGGAAGCCAAACCCAAUGGAUUGGGAUGAAAAUUUCCCAGCUGGAUGGAAAUCAUCAGACAUGGCAGGUGCAACAGAGAGAGUCUUCUCUCGUAUUCCUGGGACUGAUCAUCCAUCUAUGGAUGGUCAAAGAUAUCUCCAAUCUGGCUACGACGUUAUCGCAGAUGGUCUAGCCAACGCAGGAUGGAAAUACGUCACAGCAAACGAUGCUCCUUCAGAAAAGAAUCGCACUUUCGCCCAUGCGCCUCACAUGUUCUCGGGUGGUGAGAGAGGAGGUCCUAUGGCUACUUAUCUUGUCACGGCCAAUGGAAGAAGCAACUUCCACAUGUGGCUCAACACCAGUGUUGAAAGAAUCCAACGUGAUGGCGGUCAUGCCACUGGCCUGGAUGUCGUCGCAUUUAAUAACGGUGGUCGUGUUGGAACGGUAAAGCUUGCACCCAAAGGUCGUGUUGUCUUGUCCGCAGGCGCAUUCGGUACUCCCAAGCUUCUGUUCAGAAGUGGCAUUGGCCCAACCGAUCAACUUCAAGUCGUUAAGGGUAGUAGUGACGGCGACAAGAUGAUAGCAGAAAAAGACUGGAUCAACCUCCCAGUCGGCUACAACUUGAACGAUCAUCUAAAUACCGACACUGUGAUUUCGCACCAGAACGUCAGCUAUUACGACUGGCCUGCAGCAUGGCUUACCCCUAUACCAAGUGAUAAAGAUCUUUACCUUUCAUCGCGUAGCGGUCCUCUCGCACAGGCUGCGCCAAAUAUCAAUCCAAUCAUGUGGGAAGAAAUCACUGGUCCAGACGGCAAAGUAAGAAGCAUGCAAUGGCAAGCCCGAGUCGAAGGUUCCAACAGAAUUCCUAACGGUAUCUCCAUGACUCUCUCGCUCUACCUCGGUCGUGGUGAGGUCUCCAAGGGUCGAACCACCAUCCAGAAAGGUCUCAAUAUGCUUGUCUCCACCAUUCCAUACGGUGACCCCAACGAUCUUGCUGCAUGCGCACAAGCUAUCGACAACAUGGUAGCCAUCCUGUCUAAAGUCCCUGGUCUGACUUGGAACCUUCCAGCUCCAGGUGUUUCCGGUGCUGAUUACCUGAAGUCCGUCGAGCUCUCAUACGCAAAUGUAGGCUCGCGACGUGCUAAUCAUUGGAUGGGUACUGCGAAACUGGGUACUGAUAGUGGAUUGACUGGCGGUACUAGUGUUGUUGACACUAACACUAAGGUGUAUGGUACCGAUAAUAUUUUUGUGGCGGAUGCUAGCAUCUUCCCGGGCCAGGUCACUACAAACCCUUCUGCGUUGAUUGUUACGGCGAGUGAGAGGGCUGCGGAGUUGAUUUUGGCUCUGCCGGUUUAG